UGUGUGUGGAGGCACUCGCAGCCUUUGCAACUCUCGGAUUUAAAGCGCACUCGCACUCGUCUGCUGCGCAGCGCCGGGCGACGCCGCUGUGCAGAAAUCAGCAAUAACUACACGAGGAGGUCCGUGCAGGAACGGCGGGCAUGACAUGUGCAGCCUUUAUUUUUCCGCGUCUGUGAGCAGCUGCAGACACUUUGUUGUGGCUCCAGAGCGACUGGCCAGCUGAAAUGAGAGAGACGCACACACAGGAGAGGGAGGAGAUCACCGAGAUAAGAUAGAAGAGAAAUAACAACAAUAAAUCAAUUUAUUUGCGUGUGCAAAUGAAAGCUCUCCUGUAGCCUGGACUGUGAACUACAUCCUCCACGGAUGGUGGGGGGACUGGUUGUAGAGAUGGAGAUGUGGAGAGUUGUUUCUCCUCCUCAAACACACGCGCUGCUGAUUCCGCUCACGACGGUGGGGAUGAUGAUGAUGAUGAUGAUGUUUGUGUAGGAGUGUUUUUAUUUAUUUAUUUUUGGUCAGCCAGUCCCUAUACUGUGUUGAAACAACUCCAGUUCCAAGAGGUGGAUGGAACUGUGUGUGUAUGUGUGGUGGAUACUCCAGUCCACACCAAAGCUGCUGUCAUUGUCGGAGCUCGUGUGAUCGCAUGUGGAGUGGGUUGGUGGGGUUUUUUUCUGUCACUCCCUCUGCUUAUAUGGAAUGGCACGGGAAAUGUUUGGAGGAAGAAGUCUAGAAACGAAGAUCAAUGAGGACAAUCUGAUAAAGGACGCGUUUACUGUUUGUUUUGCUGUGAAUUAACGACCGAAUCGGUUUAUUCUGGUCCGAUUGCAUCCAAUUACUCCUCAUUCUACUUUUUUUAGUGGACUUUUUUUAAUCACACACCCUAUUAUUAAGUGGCUGACAUCCAUCUAUCCAUCCAUCCAUCUAUCCACAAAACCAGCAGAGGUCCGAACCUGAGCUCCCAGGAGCCCAACACUUCCUCAGAUGUGACAUUGUGAAUUCCUCUUAUCUCUGAAGGGUGUUGAUGGAGAGCCAUUCGAAUGACAGCCGGGACAGUGGUCAUCACCGGUGGAAUUCUAGCGACAGUGAUAUUACUCCUUAUCAUCGCAGUACUGUGCUACUGUAGGCUGCAGUAUUAUUGCUGUAAGAAGGAAGAGUCAGAGUCGGAGGAGGAGGAGCCAGACUUUGCCGUCACAUCCCGCCUCCCGCCGGUCCACUCCAAUCACAACAUUGUGGCGGCGACGGCCGCCUCCUCCAUCCCAAAUGGCCCCGCCCUCUUCUCCACCCCUCCCCUGGCCCGGAAACUGACCCGCUCACAGACCUUCUGUCCGUCAUGUACACACUAUGAGCUGCCUUUCUACCUCCAGCCGCCUCAGCCGCAGAUCCAUCACCAGCCAGAUGGGGGGUUGAGGAAUGGAGGCGAUCGGGUCAGCUACCGCAGUGUCCAGCAGCAGGACCUGGAACUACCUGUGCCUGUGAACAUUUCAAACUAUCGCAAACCAAACCUUGCACGGUCGGUCACCAUGAGGGACAUGUUCACACGCAGCUGUAGCAUCAGCACUGAUGUUUAGCUCGGUGCAGGUUCAUUUGUAAAUGGCAUGGAAAAGGCCUAAGUUGGACUGGACUUGAGUCAGACUUUGUACUUUUUUGUCUUCUUGACCAGUUUAGUCCAGUCUAAUGUUGCUUAAUGUAGUCUAGUCUCAUUCUUCUGGUCGCCUCUUGCAGAGUGGAGGACUCAGAUGGCUCUCAGGAUAGCAUUUUCAAAGGUACUAUGCUCAGGUCCAGGACCUUACACUUAUAUAAUAUGACUUGUUUAGAGAAAAUGUUAAUUUUCAAUAACAUGAAAUUGUUUUCAACUGUUUUUUUUUUUUUUGUUUUUAACAAGAAUGGAAUUUGAUCUUAUUUGUGUUGCCCCCUACAUCCCCUGGACCCUGCUACACAUGGAAAGACAAAGUCCUGCUAUGUCAGAAUGACAUAAUCGACAGGGAUUUCAUCUCUCUCUGCCUUAGCUGCUACAAACAAAAUAUGAUUAAGAGACGACCGCUGUUUUUCUCCUAUGUGAUGGACUGAUCUGUAUAUUCCUCCAUCCACAGAUUAUAUGGAUUACCACUCACUACGAGUGGGUGGACAGAAGAACACGUCAUGUUUUAGCUGCCACAGAUAUUUUAGAUAGAUUUAAAGGCCAUAAUAUUUUAAGACCUAAAGGGCUCAUUGAAGAUGAAGUGUUUUCCACAUCCUUUCAUAGAAGUCGGAAAUUUGGUGAGAGAUGAGUUCCUGCGAGCUCCUGCUGACAACACAAAGUGAAUAUAGAGUGUUUUUACUCGACAGUAUCGUAAGACCUUUUAAGGUUCAUGCAGGCAGAGCGGAUUGUAGGUGCCAAAGGGGGUUGGAUUCUUGCAUUUGUGGCCAAUUGUGUGUGCUUGCAUGCAUGUGUGCCUGUAGGUAUGCGUGUAGGUAUAGAAUCCUCAUUCCAUACAAUUAAACACAGCCUGUAAACCCCAAAGUACGUCAAACCCAGUGGUGGGCAGCAAUAAACAACUGUACGGGACGAAUUGUAAGUUGAAGUUCAUGCACCACUUUACCCUGAAUAUUCAUGUCAACACAAAGACCCAUGAUUCGGUUUGUAUCAACACAUUUAAGGUUUUUUUUUACAGAUUAGUGAUGUAACACAGGCUCAAGCUGUAGGGGUCACUGAGAGGUGAAAAGAAAUUUGAAUGGCAACACUUUUAAAUUUACGAUUCAUCCUCAGUUCAUUAUAGAUCUUCACCGAAGUUUCCGUUUGUGGACUUUUCACUGCACUCCUCGUGUUGUCUCCAAUUUGUUGAUAUCUGGAUUCAUGGGUUAAGGAUGAAUUCACCUGUAAAGACACAAUACUUAACAGGUCAGAGCAUACACUGCAGUCUCUUGCUCUCUCUCUCUCUCUCUGUCGCUCUCUUUCUCUCUCUCUCUGAGGACUGAGGAAUGUUUUAUUUUGCUAUGAAGGAGUCAUUCUUGGUGCACCCCCCCCCCCUACACUUGGCACACCGGCCUGGUUGGAGACCUGAUAUUGUGACUGGAGUUUUAUGGACAUGGGACACACAUUUUAUGAAUGAAAUUAUUUUCUGGCGGCUGUGUGAGGAGUUUGGAGCCGAUUGGAUUGCCCUUCUUGGACACCAUCCCACCCCACUAUCCCACAUGGAUGGUAAAUGUUCUCCUCUCUCUCUCGCUCUGUUGAUUUGUAUCAUGCUCAUUUAUUUCCCCAAAGAGUGAAACAGUAACUGGCUUUGUUUUAUGUUUUUUGUGCUUUCCUGCAAAUAUACUAGGUACACACACACACACACACACACACACACUAGUUAGUUCCUCAGUGCUAUGCUUUCCUUCUUUUUGAAACUGAAACUAUGUGACAGUUGCACAGGAAUUGUAGUGCCAUAAAUAAUUAUGAGAGAAAUAUUAUUAUAAUUAUUAUUAUUAUUAUUACGAGUGUAUAUUCCAAAUGACGUGUUGCUUUUAUCUUAAAGUAUUUGAAUUACUCGCUUUAUUUUAUGAGCUAGUUGGUUUUUUUCAGACUCAGUACAGUACAGCAGAAAUGUUCCUUGUUUCUAAUGUAUAACUAACGGCCACAUUUGUUGCUAAUAAAAUGGUGUGAAAAUUC